UCCUCAAAUUGUCACUGUCAAUCCAAUACGGCUUUCAAGUGUUGCUAGACCUGCAACAAGCGCGCAGUGAUGGGUGUACGAGCUGGUGUUGUCGUCUGCAUAACCUCCUUUUUGCUCGGUUCACUCUUCACUCAUUGGAUCGCAGACUCCCUGACUUUGUGGAAGUCACCAGUAACUGACGAGCAUUUAUGGACCGCAGCUCUUUACUACUCGAUACUGACCAAAGGUCCCGUACAAAUCCUCUAUGUGCUCUUCGGCAUCAUUAUACUUGGCGGAACGACCAUCUUUUGGAGUUUCAAUGAUUUGGAAGCGGGCAACUUAAUGUUUGACGGAGGGAGCAUAUUCCUCUAUGGCGUUGCGGUCAUCAUGUACGCUUACUCCGUCAUCCCCAAUCUCAUGGACAAGUUCACAGCAAUUCCACCUCACUAUGUGAAGGACGCGUUUCCGCGUUCACUAAAAAUACCUACUCUUGACCUCGCGUCAAACCACCUCGUUUGCAGCGUAGCGCUGACAGGUGUCCUGAUUCUUCAGGCUGGUCGGUGGUGGGCUGAACUAGCUGAUAGUGACGAUGAGGAAGGCUACCUUUCCGAAAAAGUUGAAGACAGUGACGUCGGAGAGGAGACAAAGUCAUCAACCCCCCUUGCAACAAUUUCACCAUGAAAGCCACCCUUCCGCCCAUUAUUUCCAUGCAGAGUUGCUUCCCAGUUACUCGCACCUCUAGCACUCGUGCGUGCUUGAGUUCUCAAUCCACUGUUGGAUAGUCAUGGCACUAUUUAAUACCCUUCACGAUCAUCACAAAACGCAUAUCUUGGUUCCUGGGUCGUCACUCCUCGUGCGGCAAACAUGCUUCCAUUGCGCAGUGCGCGAGUCCUAUUUACCAGUCAUUAGUUAUUGUAUCAUAUAAACGCGAUGACCGCAAUGAAUGACGACGAU